AACCCAGAGUGAUUUGACUGUUUACACCAGACCAAGAUGGGCACGAACGUUGUGACGCUUCUUUUUCUGGCUACGUUUGUCACCGUGUGCUAUGGAUGGUCGGGGCAUGUGUGUUAUCGGAGAGAAAGUGAUUUUGUCACAGUAAGAGUAUGUGCAUACAAGACGUGGUUUGGUUGUACUAAUUGGACCUAUAGAAGAGUAGAACGAUAUAGAUACGUCCCGUACUGCUGUAGUGGUUGGAAAGGGACCCCAGGAAAUCCAACAAACUGCGUUGUAGCCAUCUGUCGUCCAAACUGCAGAAACGGAGGAGUCUGUGAUAGGCCUGGUCACUGUAAAUGUCCCUCUGGUCGUGACGGAUACAGAUGUGAUGGACAAUGAGACAAAAGAAACUUCAAAAUGACUCUGGACCUGGAUAUCUAGCCAGAGUCCAAGUUAGAUAAAAAGGGGCGUGGUGAAAUGCAUGGAUCCCCUGGCACUUAUAUACAACGAUAUGAACUUUGAAAAACCGCAGUGUCUUGUGUAUUUUUGUUAGUUUGUAGAUUACGAAAUGAAAUCUCACUUAUAUUCUCA